UACCCUUCUACCCUUCAUGCUACCCUUCUACCCUGCCCUGCCUAAGAGUUUUCCCUUCACAACCAGUGACUGUAGGGAUACUGCUGCCUGAGAGGAUUGUCCUUCUCAGCCUCUUGGCCCAAACAUUCUGUCACAAGCUUUCCCAGAAUAGAAGAGCUGAGACCUGAGCUGUACCCACCCUGGGCCAAACAGUGCUGUGGCAUGUCUGACCUCCUUGUAUAGUGCCCCAGGGCAGGCAGGCAGGCAGCCCAUCAACUGGGGCACGGCACACUAGUGGGGCUGCACCCACAGGCUCAGACCCUGGCCGGGGAGGCAGCAGCAGCACGUCCUGCCCUGGUGUCUGGGAGGGUCUGCGUACUGCAUCAUGAGCAGCAUCAGAGGCAGAGGAGGCAAGAGCCAGGAGCCCAUUUGUAUACAGAAGGUGGAUGGCCCUGCCCAGACUUACUGGCAGGCCCUGCUUACUGGAGAUCAGGAGGUUGUGGCCGAGAUCCUCAGCAACUCUCAGAACAACCUGAGUCCCAGUGCAGUGUUUGACACCAGUGACCUGGAAGAGUGGAAGAACUACCGCUUCAACAUCCGCUGGCUGAGACUGUGGUCUCUGAGCUAUGAGCAGGAGCUCACCACACCGCUGCACAUCACAGCCAGCCGGGGCUACACAGACUGCCUGCGGCUCCUGUUAAUCAGGGGUGCCGCCGUCAACUUCGCACCAGGGGGUAAGACCGCCCUGCAUGAGGCUUGUGCAGCGGCCAGCACAGACUGCGUGCGCCUGCUACUCAGCUUUGGUGCUGACCCUGAGGCUGUCUCCGAGGAUGGCUACAAGCCCCUGCAUCUCUGCAAGAGCCCAGACUCCAUCGAGUGCGUGCAGCAGCUGCUGCAGCAUGGAGCCAGUGUGAAGAGUCGGACAGAGGAGGAAGACGACACAGCACUGCAUAUAGCAGCACGGCAUGGCCUAACAGACCAUGUCCAGCUGCUUCUGCGCCAUGGGGCAGACCUGGAGGCAAGGAAUGAGGAGGGGCAGACACCACUGAAUGCUGCCUGUGCUCAGCCCCAUCAGCCCCAGGACAUGGACCGCUACUACCAAGUCUGCCAGCUGCUGGUGGAGAGUGGUGCUAGCAUCAAUGCUGCAGAUAGGGACCGUCAGCACCCACUUCAUCUGGCCUGCAAGAAUGCCAAUGCUCAAAUAGCAGAGUUACUGCUGGCCCGGGGUGCAAACGUCAACGUCAUGAACUACAGCGGCAACACGGCACUGCACAAUAUCCUGCAAGCAGCUGCCUACAAGCUAGACCACCACCCAGAGCUUGUGGUGCAAGCCCUGCUUAACUACGGUGCCAUCCGCAUCUGGCCUGGUGCUCUUCUCAAGGUGCUGCGGUACUGCCAUACCUGCCCGCGUGUCAUCGAGGCCCUGAUGAACAGCUAUGACCAUGUGCGUGUCUCUGAGGACUGGGUGGAGGCAGUUCCAGCAGAGGUUGUCCAGAAAUACCCACGUUUCUACCAGUCACUCUUUUCCCUGGAGCGAAGACCUCGCUCCUUGCAGCAUCUGGCUCGCUGCACACUCAGGACCUUCCUGGAGGGCCGGUUGCUUCCAGUUCUGUCCCAGCUGCACCUGCCAAGUGCCUUGCACCGUUUCCUGCUGCUCAGCUUCGAGGAUGUUCUCUAUUGAGGACUGUGGUUCCAGUCCUACUUUGCCUUUCUGUGCAGAUGUUCCAUCCCUGCGGUGCCAACUGUGCCUUCCCUGCUAACUCCUUCCACUCGCACACACCUCCUGCCAGGCCAUGUCAGCCCCCCAAGCCAAGCCUGUUGCUAUGUCCCUCUCACAGGCAGACUUGUGUUCUGCCUCAUGCGCCUGUUUUGGAGCACUCUGUUUACCCGCACUAAUCAG